GAGGAAACCCAAAAGAUCAGUUUAUGUAGCAAGAAUACUGAGAAACACAGAGUAUAUCAGGGACAACGAAAGAAAAAGUCAGAAGAACCGAUUAAAACACCUUCAAAUCACAACAUGGAACCUCCAAAGAGACGGCGCCUUUUCCUCAGCUUGACCUGUGUGUUUGUCCUCUACCUUCCUUCUACAUGCUCAGGACUCGACGUACCAUGCCUACAGCUGAACACCACGGUCUUUGUGGCUCUCAGGGGUGAAGUGAUCUUCGUUGAAGUUGACUUGAAGAUUCCAGCUAACCAGAGUAAAGACAUUUUGAACUGCUUGGAUCCUUCACUGCAACAUAUUUACAGCUGUGACGUCGUUAACCAGCCGACCGUCCAGACGCUGAGAUUGGAGAUGAAAAACCUGACCAGAACAGGGGAAUACCAGUGCCAGUAUAAAACAGCCAAGGUGUUCUGGUUCCUUCGACUGAGAGAUGAAGGCUACACUGAACCCAUAAUGUGGAAUCAUACUGAGUUCAUCCUGGCCAUACUCACCAGUUUGCUGCUGGUUUUCAGUGUGGUCGGCUCGGUGUGUGUCUUCAGAGGAAAUUGGAAAGAACACUUCUCUAGCUGUGGCCAGCCGAACAGAAAACAUGAGCAGAAACAAGAAGAAAGGAUGGCAAAGGAGGAGCAGGAAGACAACCUGAAUGUGGUCACAGAUCCAUCGACUUCUUUCUACGCUAGUCUCGAGCAUCGGGCCGGGUCAAUUUAUGACGUGUUGGACCGUUCAACUACUGAAGAAGGGUCGAACAAAAGCAAAGCUAAAGUCAAGAAAAAGGAGUCCCAACAAACGAUGGCCCAAACAACACAGAUCCAGCAAGAAGGUGUUUUCGAGUGUGUCUAUGAGAAUUUUUAAAACAUUAACAAACUUGUUUCAACAGGUUUUGAUAUUUAUAUCUGUAUUUUGAAAUGUAACAUUUUGCUUUGCUGUGUCAUUGUCACCUUUAACUUUAGAAAUAAGUAUUUACACUGAACAAGAAAAAUGUUUAGAAUGACUCUAACCCUAACCCUAAAUGAAAAAUACAGAAGUAUUAGAAACUAUGCUAAAAUUAGGUCACAAUGCAGAAAGAAUGGCCUCUAAGAGCUGACUCAUGAUGGAUAAUACUGUGUGUUAACCAAGUCUCAUGAAUUCACAUGUAGCAAGAAUUGUAAUGUUGCAGACAGAGCUCAUUUCAACUAUUUUGUUAACUGUUGGAUUUACUCCAUAACAAGUCAAAAAAAAUGAAGUUGUAUCACGUGAACAGAAAAAAAAUACUUGUGAAAUUUCCUGUGGAAUUAUGUGGUAAGAUUGGUAACUUUUGUGCAGCACUGGAGUGAAUGGAGAUAGUAACCCUCUAUGGAAACCCAUUUCUGCCAGUAAAAAAAAUAAAAAUGAAAAUAAUAAAAGUCUCAUAAUUACAACUUCAAUCUCAUAUCAUUAUUAUGACUUUAUUAUUUUUAUUUUUAUUUUUUAACUGGCGGAAAUGGGCUUCCAUAAACCCACCUCC